AAACAUUCACAGAAACCAGAGUUUAGAAACACAGACUGAAGUUUAUUAAAGGUGAGCGAGAAGCUGCAGGUUCCUCAUGUGUCGGUAUCAGUGACCCAGUGGGCUUCACUGAGCGACCCGUCUUCACCUUCUGGAUCAUAUUUACUGUCUAAGAACAGGAUUAUUAUCUAUCAUCUGGAAAACCAGGAGAACCAAAACCGUCCGUGUGCAGCUGCAGCAUGAGUUCUAAUCUGGACCGAGACCAGUUCAGAGACCUGCAGACCUCCAGAACCACGUCUGGUGCAAGAGAAGAUCAAAUACGUGCAGGUUUUGGUGAAAGUCGAGCUGCAACUUGGUUAUUUUCUGGACUCAUGGGUUAGUUUUUGUUAUGAGACCUGCUGAUGAGUGUUUCAAACGUCGUGUUCUGUCCUCGACCCAAAGACCCUGAGUUCAGACGCUGAACCCACAGAAACGCUGUGACAACUCCAAAAACACGAGUGUGUCUGAAGCGAUCUAAUAUGAUGAUAAAGAUCACAGCAUGGUUUGUAGAAAUCAGACUGAUUUGUUUCUCUGACAGCAGUCGUCCUGAUUUCUGUGAUUUUACUGAUUUCAUGUUUAAUUCACCAAAACAGGACAAAUCUGUGAAAUAACAGAAUUAUUUCACAUUUUUUAAAUCCUGAAUCAUUUUUUCUUUAAACUACGGCACACAUCAUCAUGUUCCAUCUUUAUCAGCUGCUUUCUGCUGUUUCACACUCGGCUGCAUUUUACAUCCUGAAGCUCCAUCGUGUCCAGAACCACGUCUGACUGAAGACUGAACAAAAACAGUUCAUCAUUUGAGCUCCAUGUAUGAGAUCCUCUCCAGCUUUACUGUGGAUCCGCCAACUUCAGCAGGUUCCUGUUUUUGUUGUUGUUUGUUUUGACAACGGAUUAAAAUUGUAAAUAAAACGAACCAAAAUCUGCAAACAAACAAACAAACAAACAAACAAACAGCUGCUGUUAAAAACUACAUGAAACUUUUCUCAGGAACUAUUACAGACAGAACCUGAAAUGUUGUUUCUCAUGGAUCAGAACCAGGAGUGGAUCAGUAACCUGUGAUGAGGAACCGAGCUUCAUGUACGUUCAGACACACGUGGAUUCUUUCUCCUUUUCUUCUUAUUUACAGAUGUAGUCUCACUUUGGACCAGUUUGAUGAGUCCCAGACUUUCUGGGCUCAUCUUUUAAGAGUUCUUCUCUCAGAGGAACUUGAGGCUGUUUGAGGAACAUCUGAGGAGCUGCUGAAGGUCUGAAGUUCUGCUGAUUCAGACAAGUUCAGCUGAUGGUCCAGAGAUCCACCACGUGGAGGAAUCAGAGCUGCUGCUGGGCCGGACCCUGAUCCAGGAACACGGAUGGACUCAACUUUUCCUCCGGAUGUGUGUCAGCCCGCGGUGACGCUCCUCGUGCGCUCCGGACGUCACGGCGUCCCUCCUCCUCCGUUAUCCGAGCCUCCUCCUCCCCCUCCGCCCUCAGUGCGCUCCGCUGCCGGCCGACCCGCGCCUCUCUCCGGCCACACACCCUCGCAGACCCCGCCGCCGCCUCCCGGGACGCACGGAGCAGCAGGAGGAGACCCGUCCGGAGCUCGACGCCGCGGAGAGAAGAAGGGCCGCGGAGGAGAACCGGAGCCGCGUCCGCCGCACUGCAGCAUCCACGUCCUCCUCCACAUCUGUAGCGACUUUGCAGCCGGAGGAAAACACUUUGUGCUCCAUGGAAACAUGUAAAGCUCGGUCCGGACGCUGACGCCGGACACUGAGCGCCUCGCAGCCCGCGGACCGUUAUCUGGCGGCCGGAGCCGCCGGAGCACCGAGACCCCGACGGGCGGCUUCAACUGUCGGCCGGAGCGCUGAUUCUCACUCCGGGCACCGAGAAGACAAACACCAAAGAUGCUGUCGGAGCUCAGCGACUGGUUCUGGCAGGAGCGGCUCUGGUUUCCGGAGGGCCUGGGCUGGGCCGACCUGGAGGACCGGGAUGGACGGGUCUACGCCAAGGCCCGAGACCUGUGGGUGGCGCUUCCCAUCGCGCUCAUAUUCCUCGUCGUCCGUCAAGUCUUUGAAAGGACGGUGGCGACUCCCCUGGCGUCUCUACUCGGGGUUAAAGAGACGAUGCGGCUCAAAGCUCCACACAAUCCCACACUGGAGUCGUACUACUGUCACAUCACCAAGAACCCCACACAGUCUUCGGUGUCGAGCCUCUGCAAGCAGACCGGCUGCUCAGAAAGACAAGUGCAGCGAUGGUUCAGGAGACGGCGGAACCAGGACCGGCCCAGCCUGCUGAAGAAGUUCCGAGAGGCCAGUUGGAGAUUUACCUUUUACCUUCUUGCUUUCAUUGCUGGCCUGGCCGCCCUCAUCGACAAACCUUGGCUGUACGAACUGAAGGAGAUGUGGCAAGGCUUCCCGGUGCUGACGCUGCUGCCGUCCCAGUACUGGUACUACAUGAUCGAACUGGGCUUCUACGGCUCGCUGCUCUUCAGUGUGGCUUCUGACGUCAAGCGCAAAGACUUCAAGGAGCAGAUUGUCCACCACGUGGCCACCAUCCUCCUCAUCAGCUUCUCCUGGUGCGUCAACUACAUCCGUGCUGGAACUCUCAUCAUGCUGGUGCACGACUCCUCCGACUACUUCCUCGAGUCUGCCAAGAUGUUCAACUAUGCUGGCUGGAGAAACGCCUGUAACUACAUCUUCAUCGUGUUCGCCGCCGUCUUCAUCGUCACUCGCCUCGUCAUCUUCCCCUUCUGGAUCAUCUACUGUACGUGGGUCUACCCGGUGACCAUCUACGAGCCCUUCUUCGGCUACUACUUCUUCAACGGGCUGCUGAUGACUCUGCAGUGUCUCCAUGUCUUCUGGGCCGUUCUCAUCAUACGCAUCGCCGUGCGCUUCCUCACCAACAACGAAAAAGUGGACGACGAGCGGAGCGACAAAGACGAGACGGACGAGUCGGAGGAGGAGGAGGAGGAGGACGACGUGGCCGAAGCUAAAAACCACGUGAAGAAGAACGGGCCGGUGCAGAACGGUCACGCCGUCCACAACAACAACCACAGCAAGACCGAGUGAAGGCAGACGAAGGGAUGUGAGAAGGACUCGAGUCCCUCGGCGGGAGGGACGGACAGGAAGAGGUGUGGAGGGAUCAGCAGGUAUCUGAGGACAUGUGACACGUUAACACAGAAACACACACAUUCAUUAGAGGGCACAGAGAUGAGCAGGAGACACAUCCGGGGCAUCAGAGAUAGACGCACCAUUGCCUUUGUUAGUCCCAAACCUUUCAGAGAACAGGUGAGAGACCGGAGAGGAGGAGGAGGCCGACGGGCGCUGCUUCUACUUUAGCUUUCAUGUUCUAACUGUGUGCCUUAGAGCCAGCUCAUGGCUGCUGAAAAGCCAUUUUAAAGCUUCCUGCUUUAAAAUUGUGUUGCUUUAUUCUGUUGUUUCUGUGUCUGUUUUUUACUAAAAGAACAAAACGAAGUAGGUUUCAUGAAGGCGAGACCACGGGGCAUUUAUUUCCCUAAUUUUCUGUCUAUGCAACUGUGUAAGUGUUCAGCUACUGCGAUGUCUUUGCACACACAUUCAGUGUCUCUUAAAUGAAGUAAUAAUAUCCGACGUGGCCUGGGCCGUCUAGGAGGUAUUCUCAUGUUGAGUUUAGUUCACAGCGACUGACUUCUGUUCCGUUUGUACAAUCCCUGCUUCCAACAACUCUUUGCUGUUCCAGCAGCCAACACUCGCCAGAAGCCAGAGUUCAGGACGAACGCUGGCCGAGAAACCAACCAAUGUGUUUUUCCUCUUUGGUUCAGCUGCAGCAGCGACUCAGUGUGAUCAUCACGAAGGUCGACAGAUAAACGUUUAAACAUCUAACAGCUUAGACUGAUUUGAAAUUAGGGAAACCUGUAGCGUGGUUCUGACCCAACUGUUCUGUAAUCAGUCAGAAUAACGGCGACUGACACUGAUCACACUCUCAUCAUUCAGCGUUGACGUCCAGAACGCUGGCCGGCUGAUUUAAUGCUUCACUGCUGAGUUAGAGUCACUUGACUUAAAAUCACAGCUGUCAGUUUGGACUAUUUAGAAUAACAGAUACGACUUCUAGAGCAGCGCUGACAUCCCUCACUAAACACCUGAACACUAUAAAUACCUGUUUUAAUGUUUAACAGCUGAGUUUGACUGUCUGGAAUCUAACUCCAGGCAUCAACAGCAUCAUUUUACCAGCUAGAACUAGAGCUAGAGAUGGUGUAAUUCACUUUAGACAGACUGAUGACUGCAGAUACGACUCAUCAGACUCUUAUAGUGCUGACACUCCUCGCUGUGGCCAGGUGUUUGAACGUUCAACAGCUGAGUUUGAACAUCUAGAAUAUAAACUGCCGGCAUCAGCAGCAUCAUUUUACCAGCUAGAACUAGAGCUAGUAAUUCAGUUUGGACUGGGCUGCAGAUACGACUCAUCAGAAACACCAACACUACUAACUACUAGCCACCUGUUUAACUGUUUGACUCUGAAGCUACACAAAUCUAUUGUGACCAGUCGAAGCCACACGUAUCAUCUCAGUUUGGUCAGAGUAAAGGCUGCUGCAGAUGUGACUUAUCUUGACAUCCCUGGAAGCAGCUCAGCGCCGCGGCCAGCUGCUUUACUUCCACUGUCCACAGAUUUAAAGUCUCUAUUCCAGACAUGUAUAAUUGUGACCAGUCACAGAUCUCGACCAGCUGCAGAUAUCUCCGAUGUACUGAGAACUGUUUUGACCUUUAAUAUCUGGACUGUGUGCUGCACAUUUCUGUAACUCAGUUAGUGAAGAACAUUUCAGACUGCUGCCACCUUCACGUGUUUCUGCUUCCGUUCUGACUCCGUUUAGUUCGGACUCGUUGUGCUUCUCGUCCCAACUCUAAAAGCUGCAGCUUCUGACGUAGCUACAGAUAUCUGCAUUUAUAGCCCAACAUAUCUGUACUUACAUCUGGAGAUAUCAAAAGCAUCGUUCUGACCAGUUGAAGCUUCAUUAACGGACCUAAAAGGAGCAACGCAGAUCUGUGGGACUGAACAGAAUCAACAACAUCUGGAAUUAGUCAGAAUCAAACCGCAGAUAACCAGAGACUGUAAUGAGAAACACGUGGAGGUAAAAGUGAAUUAAAUGACAGAUAUGUGGUCAGGUUAUUACACGUUAAAACAGUUUGCAAUAGGAGUUUUAAUAAGGAGAAUGAAAGGGGCCAAAUUCCUUCAGUUCACUGCCGAACAGCCUUUUCAGGUUGAGAAUUUAAAGUGUUGAUCUACAUGAAUGAUUUUAGGUGUGAUUCUGUGUAUGAAAUGGGUUUACAGUGUUGCUUUUGUUGUUGUUUUUUUUAGAAAUCUGUUGAUUCUGUUUUGAUGAAUUUGUGAACGACGAGUGUUUGUCCAGUUUUCUGUCGUCACGCUUUAAAGCUUUCGUAAGUGCCUUACCUGUAAUGUGUGGGAAGCUCUCCUGUCCUCGUGUCCUCUCCUUUUCUUUCCUGUUUCCACCUCAAAUCACACAUCUCGGGCUCAGACCUUCACAUCGACCCUCCUCUUCACCGCUCGUUCACCUCUUCUCUUCGUAGACCACCUUCCUUUCACCCUCAUUCCACGACCACGUUCCUCUACUAACCGACCGACCAGCAGACUCUUCCCCAGAGACACGCCACACUCGGCCGUGUCCUGAUUACAGUGUUAUUUUUUAUUUUGUUUUUUUUGUUUAAUGAUGCCGAAGUAUUGUUAUUAAUGAUAAAGACGAUGAAUCACAAUGAAAA